AUGGCUUGUUUCUGCUGGUGCAAAAAGAAAAAACGUCAGAAAGCAAAUUCAGUUGAUGUGGAGCAGAAGACAAGAAAGAAGAAGGAGAGUGGCACUUCAUCCCCCUCUCCAAUUCCAUCUGACCGUUCUGAACAGAAUGGCUUCGCCACCUCUGACCCCUCACCCUCUGACCAACUCUCCUCCCUCCAUCCACCUCCCUCUCCUGUUAAAUGUUCCUCUCAGCCUUGCUCUCCCGCUAAACAGCCCUCUGUACCCCGGUCACCUGCCAAACACCCUUCCCCAGUGAAAUCCUCUCCAGUGGUGUCCCAUCCUAGUUCUCCCACUCCUACCAACCCUCUGGACUGUCAUGGAGACACCAGCCAGGAGGGCGCAACAGUCAGACCUCUGUCUCUUCAGGAACACUCUAGUCCAAGACCCCAGAGGCCAGUCUCAGCCACCAGAAGCAUGACUCUUCCCAGGGCCAGUUCAGCCACCAGAAGCAUGACUCUUCCCAGGGCCAGUUCAGCCACCAGAAGCAUGACUCUUCCCAGGGCCAGUUCAGCCACCAGAAGCAUGACUCUUUCCAGGGCCAGCUCAGCCACCAGAAGCAUGACUCUUCCCAGGACCAGCUCAGCCACCAGAAGCAUGACUCUUUCCACGGCCAGCUCAGCCACCAGAAGCAUGACUCUCCCCAGGGCCAGCUCAGCCACCAGCAGCAUGACUCUUCCCAGGGCCAGCUCAGCCACCAGAGGGCCAGAAGAGACCCAGGGGGCCAGAGGAGAACGGGGGGCACUGGUCAACAUGGAACUUCUUGGGUUGCCUAACAUUGGCAACACUUGCUUCCUUAACGCCACCCUGCAGUGCCUCCUGGUCCUGCCGUCCUUCUCAAAGGCAAUCCUGCACCAGGAACAACUCUGGAGCUCCUCCCCCUUCUCCAACCUGCUCAGGUGUCUGUCUGAUGUGCACCGUUUGAGUCUACCUGACAGUGUGGCAAACCAGGCCUCAAAAGCAGACCUCAUGUGGAAGGUCAAGUACUCCUUGUCGGGAUACGAUUUGAAGUAUCUAGGGGACACGCAACAGGUAACUGAGGACUACUCUCUUGUGACGCACACGAGUUACUAG